AUGGACCGAUCAGGAAUGCCACAUCCGGAACUUGAGAACGACGUGUCCCAUGUUGAUGAGAAUCUCGUUUUGGCUAGAGCCUUAACUCGUAUGACAGAAGUUCUUCAACAGAAUUUUCCGCCAGAAAGGGAGCAACAGAGCGGUUGUCUGUAUGAACGUUUUUUAGCUCAUAGGACCCCUGCUUUUUCUGGACAAGAGGAUCCACUUCGUGCUGGGAGGUGGAUUAGCGAUCUCAAAAAGACGUUCGAGAUCUGUGAGUGUUCUGAAGUUCAGAAAGUUUUAUACGCAAGUUAUCUGCUGCAAGGUGAUGCAACUACUUGGUGGGAGACUAAGCGAGAGCUUUUGGAAAUGGAGUUAGGAUCUAUUGCAGCGGUGUCUUGGGUACGUUUUAAAAGGGAAUUCAAUGAUCGUUUCUUCCCGAACACUAUGAGGAAGCAGAUGGUCCGAGAGUUUAAUAAUUUAGUGCAAGGGGAGAUGACGGUUGAGCAGUAUGCUCGGAAGUUUAUAGAACUCGGAAAAUUUGCUACGCAUUUAAUUGCCACAGAGGAGAUGCGUUUUGGGCAAUUUCAGGAGGGUCUACAUCGAGAGAUUCGUAGACAGGUUGCUUGUCUGCAAAUUCUGACCUUUCAGUAG